GAAGAUGACGAGAUUCACAUGUGGUUCGACUAUGAGAAGCCUUGUGGCUCUGCUGCUGGGGGUUGCAGCAUGCUCAGCGAUGACCCCCCCUCCGUAUCCUCCCCCAGGUACCGACUACAACAUAGACAGAAGGCGCAUGCUGCCCUCCAACGACCCAAUGAUGAUGGGCGACAUGGGGGAAAUGACCGGCGACUUUGACACCAGCUACUGCGAGAUGCUGCUCAACUCGCCCGUGCCCCCCACCGCCGACCAGGUGCCCUGGUUCUGCAUCUGCCACAGCUGCAAGGGCACCCCAGGGCCCAAGGGCGAGAGAGGGGACCUCGGCCUGCAGGGCAGACCCGGCAGCCCUGGAAGGAGAGGGCUCACAGGAUUCCAAGGUCGUCCAGGAUUCAUGGGCAGACCAGGACUAAAAGGUGAGAAGGGAGACGAGGGUCUGAAAGGAGACAAAGGCCCUGUGGGAUUCACCGGAGCCAAGGGAGAGCGCGGCUUCAAAGGUGAUAAAGGUGACGCUGGUGUAGCUGGACCUCCAGGCCUAGCGGGACCCAAGGGGGAUGACGGAGAGUGCCCUGAAACAUGCGAGCCUGUGCAGGGUUCUGCCGGAGAACCGGGCCUUCCUGGACCUGUUGGACCCAGAGGUCUGCCUGGGGUAGCUGGGGUGGCAGGACCAAAGGGGAUGAAGGGCGACAUGGGCGUCAUGGGGUUGUCCGGUCAGCCUGGGCCCGUCGGACCAAAGGGUGAGCAGGGGCAGGAGGGUGAGUGCAACUGCCAGGAUGGAGACACAGGGGCCCCCGGCACCCAGGGGCCUAAAGGCGAGAUGGGCGACCAGGGGCAGCAGGGUCCCAAGGGGGAUGGGGGGGCCGCCGGCCCCAAGGGUGACCAAGGAGACAUGGGCAUGACGGGCAUGCCCGGGCCCUGCACCCCGACUGUCCAGUCGGCCUUCUCCGCCGCGCUGGCGUACCCCUUCCCGAUGCCCAACAGGCCUGUCCCAUUCCCUGCUGUGCUCAACAACAUGCAGGGCCACUUCAACCCCUCGCUGGGCAUGUACACGGCGCCCGCCAACGGCACCUACGUCUUCAGCUACCACCUGACAGUGUACAACCGCGUGCUCAAGGUGGGCCUCUUCCACAACUUCCAGCCGGUGGUGAAGACCACGGAGUCGGCCGAGCUGGCCACGGCCUCCCAGACAGUGGUGCUGCACCUCAACCAAGGGGACCUGGUGUGGCUCCAGGUGAAGGACAGCAUCACCAACGGCAUAUACACCAGCAACGAGGCCAGCAGCACUUUCUCCGGCUACCUGCUGCAACCCGACAACUGCGACGUGGCCCACUUCCGAGACUUCUGGCCCGAGCCUAUCAAGGGAGAGUACAACUGGGGAGAGCUGGAGAUGCCCACCACGGCCGCCCCGACCAUGACCCCCUAAAGCCUCCCAGAGCACUCUGGAAGUCACAUUCCCACCACCAACUUUCCUGACAGCAUCCUCAAUGAUAUUCCUACCGUCAUUCAAAACAACCAUCCAUACCUCUUUCCGAUUUCUUAGGAGGACGUUCCAGAAUGGUUUAGAUCUUGUACUGCACAAACAUUCAUAUAUUACUGAUUUAAUAAGUUUUAAUUAUCUGUCAUAGAUUAUAUCAUAGAUUGACUUUGAUACUACCCAUAAUUAAGCUCUGCACUACUGUCAAAAUUAAUAUAUAUUUUUUCAAUAACUCUCUAAAGACAUUCUCUCAUUCUAUAGUCUGAUGUGCGUGUUUUCUUCCCAUGCUGCGUCACUCCAUCGUUGUAAGCUAUGUUUAAGUGAGUGUGUUUGCAUUGUAAUCUGAUUAGCACCUCAUUGUUGCAUCUCCUUCAACGGUGUAGGUUUCCCCUGAGGACCACAGUAGGACUUGUCUCCUGGCAAAACCCUUUAGAACCUGUCCUUUUGUAAAGUGAUCAGAGCCCAUGUCCUGGGACAUCAGACACUCUCUCUGUCUCUCCACCCACUCCCAAAAGGCUGGCGUCUGAAUAGCAGGACCCCAUUAGGGGGAUCCAUAGAGGAAGUGAGGGCGUACACCAUAAAGAGGGUGGGAAAAGUCACAUAGGGACGAAGGCCUGCAAUUAGGUCAAGUUCUGAUGGGAGUAGCCCACAAGUACCCUCCAAGUCCUGGAAGUGCUGUUAUGGCUCUGCUGGUAAUGUGACCCAGUGAUGAAGAGGAAACAGAAGAAGAGAAACAGGCCUGAGAGUCUGGGUCCUCUGGUCUGUAUUAGAGCCUUGUUAUUGGCUUCAUGCUGGAUAGCUACAGUUCCGAUGCCUCACCUUCCAAAACACACUGCAUGAGUUGAUUCCAAUUCAUAUUCAGCUGUUCUAAUGUUUUACUCUGUACAUUGUUUGUCCUUGAUAAAUAAACUAUUGAUCCAAA